AUGGAGUUUGGGAACAAAAUUGUCAUCGUCACUGGUGCAGCUCGUGGCAUAGGACAAGCUGCAGCCAGAGAAUACGCUCGCCAAGGCGCGCGUGUCGUAUUAGCAGACAUCAACAUGACAGAACAACAAACAACAGCGUCUCAGCUUCGAGCCAGUGGCUAUGAGGCAAAUGCGUACAAGGUCGACAUUUCCAAAGAUGAAGAAGUCCAUCAAUUCGCAACUUGGGUUACUGAGAAUAUUGGUAUACCAGAUCUAAUACACAACAACGCAGUUAUGCUCAGAUCGGGCGGAAUACUUGACAUCGAGAUCGAGGAUAUCCAGGAGCUGAUGAAUGUCAAUGUCUUCGGCUAUCUCCGCGUUGUGCGAGCGUUCCUGCCAGCGAUGCUUGAGCGUGGCAGUGGGCACAUCGCAGUGACCGCAUCUCCCAACGGCAUCAAUCCUCAACCAAUGGUAUCAGCGAAUCUGGCGGCGUACUGUCUAUGUAAAGCUGCGGACGUAUCGCUUGCCCAAUGUCUGGCUGUCAGCCUUAAGCCACUUGGGCUUUCUGUUUCGCUGCUGUUUCCCAAUAUCUCAUAUACAGAAUCCGUUGAAGAACUUUCUGGGAAAGCGCCCGCUGAAUUCCACCAGGGAUUGGCUCAAGUCAUGAUGGCUCAUGGCACGUCCCCGGAGACAAAUGCUAAGAUGUUGAUUGAAGGACUGAAAGAAGGGAAAUUUUUUGUGAAUGCCCAUCCCGGUUACGAACUUGUAUUGAGAGAAUGGGUGUCCCAUGAUCUAGACCCUCUGGUCGAUUGGGUUGACACCCAAGCCACUUGA